UCGUCGUCUCGUCUACUUUUCCUCGCUCUUUCCCUCUUUCUCCCCCUUACCCCCCGCCCCUCCCCCAUCCCUUCUCUCCUCCCCUAGUUAAUAAUCCGAUCGAUCCUCCGAUUCCGAUGCGUCAAACCCUAAUUCUCCCUCUCGAUUUAGGAUUCCGAGUCAAAAUUUAGGGUUUUCUUUCCCCUCCAAUCGAUUCUUAGACCUCGCGAUUCUCUUCUCCGAUCGAUUCCUAGGGUUUCCUCCGAUCAGAGAGGACGGGGCGUAUGCGAUUGGGGUGUGGGGGUUAGGUUUAGGGUUUGAAGAUGUAUAGCAACUUCAAGGAGCAGGCGAUCGAGUACGUGAGGAGGGCGGUGGAGGAAGACAAUGCGGGGAACUACGUGAAGGCGUUCCCUCUCUACAUGAACGCGCUCGAGUACUUCCGCACCCACCUCAAGUACGAGAAGAACCCUAAGAUCAAGGAGGCGAUAACCCAGAAGUUCACCGAGUACCUCCGCCGCGCCGAGGAGAUCCGCGCUGUGCUUGACGAGGGCGGCACCGGCCCCGCAGCCAACGGAGGCGACGGAGCCGUCGCCACGCGCCCGAAGACGAAGCCCAAGGACGGGGAGGGCGGUGGUGGCGGCGGGGACGGUGAGGACCCUGAGGUGACGAAGCUGCGGUCGGGGCUCAACUCGGCGAUCAUCAGAGAGAAGCCGAACGUGAAGUGGAACGACGUCGCCGGUCUCGACAGCGCCAAGCAAGCGCUCCAGGAGGCCGUCAUCCUCCCCGUGAAGUUCCCGCAGUUCUUCACCGGUAAAAGAAAACCAUGGAAGGCAUUUCUUCUGUAUGGCCCACCAGGAACUGGAAAGUCAUAUUUGGCCAAGGCUGUGGCGACAGAGGCAGAUUCUACAUUCUUCAGUAUAUCUUCAUCAGACCUUGUUUCAAAGUGGAUGGGUGAAAGUGAAAAGCUGGUUGCAAACCUUUUCCAAAUGGCCCGUGAAAAUGCUCCUUCCAUUAUCUUCAUUGAUGAGAUUGAUUCUUUAUGCGGUCAGCGUGGAGAAGGAAAUGAAAGUGAAGCCUCUAGAAGGAUUAAAACUGAACUUCUUGUCCAGAUGCAGGGUGUAGGACAUAACGAUGAUAAAGUUCUGAUUCUUGCUGCUACGAAUACUCCAUAUGCUCUUGAUCAGGCUAUUCGGCGACGCUUUGACAAGAGGAUCUAUAUACCUCUUCCCGAUCUAAAAGCUAGGCAGCAUAUGUUCAAGGUACAUCUGGGAGAUACCCCUCACAACCUGACUGAGAAAGAUUUUGAGUACUUGGCUCGCAAGACUGAAGGAUUUUCUGGUUCAGAUAUUUCUGUUUGUGUCAAGGAUGUAUUGUUUGAACCGGUUCGCAAGGCCCAAGAUGCCAUGUUCUUUGUGAAGAAGGAAGAUGGCAUGUGGAUGCCCUGUGGGCCCAAAGAACCUGGCGCUAUUCAGACCAGUAUGCAGGAGCUCGCUGCCAAGGGUCUUGGUGCUAAGGUUCUUCCGCCACCAAUUACAAGGGGAGAUUUCGAGAAGGUACUCGUUCGGCAGAGGCCCACUGUUAGCCAGAAGGACCUCGAAGUGCAUGAGAGGUUCACAAAGGAGUUUGGACAGGAGGGCUAAUUAAAUUUAUCAAGUUCAACUAUGGAAAGAAACAGAAAAGCAGAAACAACAGUUGUAUAUUGUAACUCUUGUUGUUACGGGUGGGAACUUCUAUUUGGGUUUAUUAUGCAGCCUCUUCAGAGUACGCUUAAUUUACCUCAAUAUUGUGGCUGGCACCUUACUGGUGAUUUCAUAUUUAUCUCUAUAUUGAUUCUGUUUUGGCUUUACAAAGUAUUUGCGAUGCACUUGAAUAAGCGUUUUUGGCUGUGAAGUGGCCCACCGUC